AUGGAGCCGGGCUGGGGCCGGAACAGCUCCCACCAGAGCCCAGCUGGGCACAGCCAGGGGCUGCCGAGCCCGGAGCCCAACCUGACAGUGCUGCACACCCGGGACGAGGAGCUGGCCAAGGCCGAGGUCGGGGUGCUGGGCGCCAUCCUGGCCGUGGCCACCGUGGGCAACCUGGGCGUGCUGCUGGCCAUGUACCGGCUGAGGAGGAAGAUGAGCCGCAUGCACCUCUUCAUCCUGCACCUGGGGCUGACCGACCUGGGCGUGGCCCUGUUCCAGGUGCUGCCCCAGCUGCUCUGGAAGGUCACCUACCGCUUCCUGGGGCCCGACCCUCUCUGCAGGGCCGUCAAGUACCUGCAGGUGCUCAGCAUGUUCUCCUCCACCUACAUGCUGCUGGUGAUGACGCUGGACCGCUACCUGGCCGUGUGCCGCCCGCUGCAGUCGCUGCAGCAGCCCGGCCGCCAGGCUCACGCCAUGAUCGCGGCCAGCUGGCUGCUCAGCUGCCUGCUCAGCCUGCCCCAGCUCUUCAUCUUCUCGCUGCGGGAGGUGCGCCCGGGCUCGGGGGUGCUGGACUGCUGGGCGCACUUCGGGCAGCCCUGGGGAGCCCGCGCCUACAUCACCUGGACGGCGCUGUGCGUCUUCGUGCUGCCCGUGGCCGUGCUCGGCGUCUGCUACAGCCUCAUCUGCCACGAGAUCUGCAGGAACCUGCGGGGCAAGACGCAGGGCGGGGGAGCCGCCGCCGCCCCCGCGCCGCCCUCGCGGGUCAGCAGCGUGCGCAGCAUCUCCCGCGCCAAGAUCCGCACCGUCAGGAUGACCUUCGUCAUCGUGGCCGCCUAUGUCGCCUGCUGGGCGCCCUUCUUCAGCGUGCAGAUGUGGUCAGUGUGGGAUGAGGAUGCUCCUGACGAGGACUCCACCAACGUGGCUUUCAGCAUCACCAUGCUGCUGGCCAGCCUCAGCAGCUGCUGCAACCCCUGGAUCUACCUGUUCUUCAGCGGGCACCUCCUGCCGGGCUGGGGGCGCUGCCGGGGCUGCUGGGGCCGCCCCCGGGCCGGGCUGCGCAGACCCAACUCCACCGGGAGCCUGUGCAGCAGGAAAACCACCAUCCUGAGCCACAGCCAGCAGGCAGGGCUGCCCCUGCACGGGGACAGCGCCCGGGAGCUGCGCCCGCCCUGCGACGAGGGAGCGACAGAGUCGGGCACGCUCUAG